AUGAAUUCACAACAACAACAACAACAGCAAAAUAUAACUACUAGAACUACUAGUACUGCUAGUAGUAAUCAAGAACCAUCUUCUACAACAUCUUCUACUACUACAACAUCAAGUACUACUCCUUCUACUACAUCUUCUAAUUCAUCAAAUUCAUCGGGAGUGGCAACCAAUAAUGGUGCGUCAUCAGGAACAUUAUCUUCAAAUAAUCAACAAAUUAUAAAUAGUACUCCAAAUACAACGACUACUGCAGCCUCACAAUUCAGAGAUGUCUGUUUCAGCAACUCAAGUCCAAAUAAUAUUAUACCUUCACCUUCAUCAAGUAGUUCAUCAAAUAAACGUUUUAUAAAUUCAUCUCAAGAUCAACUGAAAAGAAUUAAGUUAGAUUUGUCUAUAAAUAACAAUUCAAAUAGAUUAUCUCCCAAAAUCAUUAGAAAAUUUAGAUCCAGGUCAUUACCAAUUAUAAAUUUUAAUAAUUCUAAUUUCGCAUUUUCAUCAAAAAGAUCAAAACAAAUAAAUAACACGUCCGUAUCAUCAAUAACAUCUACAAACUCAUCAUCUACAAUCCCACCAUUACCACCAAUCAAUUUACAAUCACUUAAAGAAAUUGAUUUGCAUGAAAUACUCAAAAACCCGCAAUUGCGUCAUGAUAUAUUAUUUGAUCCCCAAUUACAGUUUAGACCGAAUUUAGACGGUGAAAGAGGUAAGCGUAAAAAAUCGAUAAUUGAGAAGUAUUGGCUUGAAAUUCAAAAAGAAUGUCAACAAUUUUUUGAUGGUAAAACUAAAGUUUAUUCAAUAAAUCGUUUAAGUAUAUUAAUUACUACAAUUCGAGAAAUAUUAUUAUCUUUGUUGCCAAGUAAAGAUAGACAAUAUGUAGGUGAAAUUAUGGAUAUUGAAUUAGUCGUACAACAAUUAAAACAUGGAUCUUUUGAUUUUGUAGAGAUGAGUAAAUGGUUGGGUGAUGUUUUCAAAGCACAUUGUGCUCCAAUGAGAGAUGUAUGGGUUUCAGAAAUGAUAACAAAAAUUCAAGAUGCUUAUAAUUUCAAUUCAGUAAGUUAUUUAGUAAGUGGUCUUAGAUCUAUUUUUUCAAUAUUGGAAGCCAUGAAAUUAGAUGUUGCUAAUCAUCAAAUAAGAUUACUUCGUCCAAUUUUGAUUGAAACAGCUGUUGAAUUUGAAAAAGAUUAUUUUCAGACUUUACUUAGUCAUCAAAAAAUUAAUAUUCAAGAUUCAUUAAACUGGUUUUAUAAGAAAUUCACGAGUAAAAAUACCAACCCCUCUGCAGUUAUCAACGACUCAUUACUCAAACCAAUUAUAAUUUCAUCCAUUAUUGAUUUGUUGAGCUGUAGACAAAUGGCUAUUGAAUUCCCAUCAACUUUAGCUUUUGAUCAUACAAGAUUAAUAUUAUUGAGAGCAGAUGUAAGACAAUUAGUAUGCAUUCAAUUAUGUAUGGUUUUAUAUAAACAAUUGAUUAUAAAUUCCAAAUCAAGUAAGGAAUUACUAAAACCAGAAAAUUUAGAUAAAGUUCAAUCGGAAAUUUUAUCAAUAGUAACCGAUGAUAAUGGAAAUAUUAAAUGGACAAAAAAUAUAACAUCAAUAUCAUUACAAUUAGUUAAAAACUUGUAUGCACCAGAUUCAAUUCCAUCUGUUUUACCAUCCAAUUAUAUUGAAUUUGCUCAUAACUGGUUAAUUAAACAUAUUCAACCAAAUUCAAAUGUCUAUGGAUUAAUGGAAGUUAAAAUCUUUAAAGAAUUGUUAAAUGAAAUAAUGGAAAACAUGGAAGAAGAAGAUAAGAAUAAUGGAUUAAACACUACUACUACUACUACUACUACUACUACUACUACUACUACCACAACCACCACCGCCACCACCACUACCGCAACCACCAGCAUAGCUAUUAACAACAACACCAGUAGUUCAGAAUUAAAAUCAAUUGCUUCUCGUAUUGCCACAUUGGUCAAAUUUCAUUGGAAUGUAUUUGGUAAUUAUUACGUUGAUCAUAUAAAAUUUCAAAAUCUGAAACAAUUGGAAGAAGAAAAUAAAAAAUUGAUGAGUUUAAAAGCUAGAAUCGGAAGUAAAGGUGAUAUAAGUAUGGAUAGUAAAGACAGCAAUAAUACAAGUAAUGAAAGUAACGGAAAUCAUGGCAAUAAUGAAAAGAAAAAUAUGAAUGGAAACAACAAUUGUGAAGCUAUUGAUAGCAAUCAAUCAGCUCCUUUAAGUAUGUUUUCAUAA